AAACAUACAUACACACAUAGAGACACACGCUCACAGACACACGCAUACACACAUACAGACACACACACACACGCGUGCUCUGGGCCAUUCUGGCUCCGCAGCUCGAGGCUAUUUUAACAAAACGGUGUCGGCGCCACUUUCCCGAAGUGCAGAGGCGCUCAUUUAGCCCCGUGACUCCGCUGUGAGCACGAUCAGGCAGGCGUUGGUUGUUGUGUGGCCAGCUGAGAACUCCAAACACCAGGACACACACACAGACACACAUACAAAGACAGACAGAGAGAGAGAGAGAUUCUCGCCCGGGAGAGUUGAACUGGGUUCCUUAACGUAUUAGUGUGUGUGGAGGUGGGGGGGGUUGCUAACGGUUGGCUGCGUACGGUGCGAAAGAAGUUCAACAUACGUGUACGUGCGUAGUCUGUCUGUGUCGCCUUCAACGAUCGCUCACCGAGUGCGGAAACAGCGGAGGCGCGCCCAGUGGAUAAUACAGCCCCGGUGAAGGUGAGCGAGGUGAGGAGGUGAGCGAGUCGAGUUGCAGCGGCUCAGAGGGUUCCUCCUCGCGGCUCCUCGCUGGGAACGGACCAAGGCGGCGAAGGCAGCGGCAGCGGCAGCGGCGGCAGCUGAGACGACGUCGCUUGGACUCGGAAGCAACGUCGCCGCCAUGCACCAGGCCGACUGGGGCAACGCGGGCCAUGGGGCCACCAUGGAGCCGAACGGCGAAGGCCGCUCCGUGUCGGCCACGAGGUCAGCCGCCGGCAGGGCCGCGGCGGCCGCGGCGGCGGCGGCGUCGUUGGGCCCCGCUCACCGAUUCCUCGACCACUUCUUCAAGAAGCCGACUUUCUGUGACAUCUGCCACCACAUGAUCGUGGGCAAGACCAACGAAGGUGAGAUCGCCAAGUAUGGGAUGCGAUGCAAACUGUGCCGGAUCAACAUCCACCACAAGUGUGUGGAGAACUCCAAGGAGUGCUUCGGCAAAGUGCCACGUGGAUUCAAGAGGCAUUUCAGCACGCCUCUGGUGUUCAAGCAGCAUGGAGUAUUACCCAUUGUGAUUGACGACAAGGUGGACCCGGACUACGAAACGCUGCGCGUCGGCAACUCCCUGUCGCACCGCAACAAGGGCAAGGGCGACGAGGACGACAAGAAGGGAGGAAAGACUUCGGAGACAUCGCAAGACAACGACGUGGAGAGUGAAUACUUGGAGAACGAAAAUGAAAACGAUGAAGUGUUCGAGAACGCCGAAAACAUGGAGCAGAACUCGGACGAGACAAAGGGCAAGAAGCCGGGCAAGGACACGGUGACCUCGGCCUUCACCUACGUGGCCCUCUACCGCUUCCAGUCGCAGGAGAAGGACGAUCUCGACCUUCACCCUGGGGACCGGCUACAGGUGACUGAUGACUCCAACGAAGAGUGGUGGAAGGGCAAGAUUGGCGAGCGAGUGGGCUACUUCCCUGCCAACUUCACGCUGAAGAUCCGCACGACGGAGCGGGUGUUCCGCUGCGUGCGCACAUUCGUGGGCAACCGCUACCUGGGCCAGAUCACGCUCAAGCAGGAUCAGAUCUGCGUGGAAAAGGGCGGAGGGAGCAACGGCUUCCUGGCCGUGACGAGCGGCAGGAAGAAGGGCCUGGUUCCCGGCGACUUUCUCGAGCAGAUCUAACGGCGCCACCUCAACGGGACACGGGGGGUGGUGGUGG